CUGGUCUGUAGACUCCACCAGACUCUACAGUCCAGGAGGACAAGUGCUCCAUUUCAAAAAUACAAUACCAAUAUUACUAGUAACAAUAAAGUGAUGGAGUGAGAAUUAUAAUUGACAUAUAGCUUACACUAAGUAAAAUGCACAUAUCUGUAUGCAGUUCAAUGCAUUUCAAUAAAUGUAUACACCCAUGUAACCACCACCUCAAUCAAGAUACAGAACAUUUUCAUCACUCCAGAACACUUCCUGUACUCCUUUCCAUCAAUCCCCUCCCCCUCCCUACUCCCAAAUAACCACUUUUCUGCUUUCUAUUAUCAUAGAUCACUUUUGUCUAUCUUGAAUUUCUUUCUUUCUUUUUUUUUUUUUUUUUUUUUUUGAGAAGGAAUCUUGCUCUGUCGCCCAGACUGGAGUGCAGUGGCGCGAUCUCGGCUCACUGCAACCUCCACCUCCUGGGUUCAAGUGAUUCUCCUGCCUCAGCCUCCCAAGUAGCUGGGAUUACAGGCAUGCGCCACCGCGCCCGGCUAAUUUUUGUAUUUUUAGUAGAGACAGGAUUGCCCGGGUUGGCCAGGCUGGUCUGAAACUCCUGAGCUCAAGUGAUCCGCCCACCUCAUCCUCCCAAAGUGCUGGGAUUACAGGCGUGAGCCACUGCGCCCGGCACAAAACUCCUAUUGAGGGAAAUCCAGUUACAUUUGUAAAGUUAAAUAUGCAUUUAUCCUCUGACCCAGCAAUUCCACAUCUAGAACUCUACUCCAAAGGUAGGCUUGUAGAAAUACAAAAUAACAUAUGCAUAACGUUAUUCAUCGCAGCAUUAUUUAUAAUAGCCAAAAAACCUGGAAAUAACCGAUAUGUCCAUCAAUAAGAAUCUGUGACACAUCCAAUCAGUGGAGUGCUAUGAAGCUAUAAAAAGGACUGAGGAGACCACUGUACCCUGACAUGGAUCGUCAAGUGAAAAGAGAAAGUUAAGGAACACUGUAUAUACUUCCUUUUGUGUAAGAAAAGGAGCAGAUACUCUGUUUAUUUGUAUCGUCAAAAAUAAACAAUAGAAAGAAUCAUUAAAGUGCACCAGACUUAAGUGUCUUCUAAUGUGAUGCAAUAUGAAGUAUUUUCCAAAAAAAAAAAAAAAAUCUGAAGUAGAAUCUAAUAAAGAUUUUAGAUACAGCUUCCAGCCUAAAAGAAAUACGGGGAAAGGAUGCACAAGUUAUUGGGAAACGACAUUGAGGAACCAAACCCAGAAGGUGGUAUGGCUGUAGGAAAACAAGAAAACUAAUCUAUAUAACAAACCAAUGGCACAAAAGAGAAGGGAGAGAAGCUAGAGUAAAAAAGACGUAGAGUCUUAAGAGGCGUUAACAACGAAUUACAGUGCUGGACAAACCAACUGGAGAAAAGACAGUUUGAGAUAAUCAAGGAAUCUGACUACAGACUGACUACUAAAUGAGGCUGUACUGCCAAAACACAAUUUCAACAGAGGAGAAAUCUGCGCGUGGGAAGACCAGGCCCCUUCCCCACCGCUAGGAAGCCAGAACGUCCCUCCGCAGCCGCGCCGCCCCUGGCUCGCCUUCCUGGGCGAGAGCCGCGGGACGUCGCAGACGCACUGGCUCCGCCUUCCCACCAAUCUCGACCCUCGCCGCAUUCCGUUCGUGCGUGGAGCAAUCGGGACUGGAGGCGAGGCCGCCGGGCGGGCAGGGGCUGUGGCGCGGCAAGCGGCGGGCCAGCGACGGCGGGAAUGGCGGACUCGCAGCUGUUCUGUGUGGCGGAGGAACGCAGCGGCCACUGCGCCGUGGUGGACGGAAACUUCCUCUACGUGUGGGGGGGCUACGUGUCUAUUGAAGACAAUGAAGUAUAUUUGCCUAAUGAUGAAAUUUGGACCUAUGAUAUUGAUAGUGGGUUGUGGAGAAUGCACCUCAUGGAAGGAGAACUCCCAGCCUCCAUGUCAGGAAGCUGUGGUGCUUGCAUUAAUGGAAAGCUGUACAUUUUUGGAGGAUAUGAUGACAAAGGAUACAGCAAUCGACUUUAUUUUGUUAAUUUACGAACAAGAGAUGGAACCUACAUUUGGGAAAAAAUCACCAACUUUGAAGGACAACCACCUACACCACGUGAUAAACUUUCCUGCUGGGUAUACAAAGACAGACUAAUAUAUUUUGGUGGUUAUGGGUGUAGGCGACACAGUGAACUCCAAGACUGUUUUGAUGUUCAUGAUGCAUCUUGGGAAGAGCAGAUAUUCUGGGGAUGGCAUAAUGAUGUCCAUAUAUUUGACACAAAGUCACAGACUUGGUUUCAACCAGAAAUUAAAGGUGGAGUUCCACCACAGCCACGAGCCGCGCAUACAUGUGCAGUUCUUGGAAACAAGGGUUAUAUCUUUGGCGGACGUGUUCUGCAAACUAGGAUGAAUGAUUUGCACUAUCUAAACCUAGACACCUGGACUUGGUCUGGAAGGAUUACUAUUAAUGGAGAAAGCCCAAAACAUCGGUCAUGGCAUACUUUGACACCUAUAGCUGAUGAUAAACUUUUCCUAUGUGGUGGACUAAGUGCAGAUAAUAUCCCAUUAAGUGAUGGUUGGAUUCAUAAUGUUACAACAAAUUGUUGGAAACAACUUACACAUUUACCUAAAACAAGACCUAGGUUAUGGCACACAGCCUGUUUGGGAAAAGAAAAUGAAAUAAUGGUAUUUGGUGGGAGCAAAGAUGAUUUACUUGCCUUGGAUACAGGUCACUGCAAUGAUUUAUUGAUCUUUCAAACACAGCCUUAUUCACUACUCAGGUCAUGUCUUGACUGCAUUGGUAAAAAUUCUAUCAUGUUAGAAAGUCAGAUAUCUUUAUUACCUCCUAAACUUCUGCAACAAGUACUCAAAAAAAUAACAUUUUGGGCUGCAGCUAAUCACCGAGAAGAACAAAGAGUCCAAAAAGAAGAAACAGAAAAUAAAUAUCAGUGGAUCAGUAGCAAUUAAAUUGUUAUAUACUGUACAUAUUUAGUAUGUUUUAACAUUUUAAUCAGACUAUACAUUUACACUCCCAAAUUGCAGGCUUUAUUUAAAGGAUAAAAUUUGGAAUACAAAUAGUCUGUUAAGUGACUAUAUGCCAUGGGAUGUAUGGAAAAACGAAGUUAAUGCAGAUUAAUUUAUAUUUGUAAACAAAUUGCCUUACAAGCUGCAGAACAAAUGUUCUUUCUGAAAGUAAGUACAGUUAUAACAGAUUUUAACUCAAUGUGUAUUCUUUACUGGAAAGAUUACAUACAUUUGAGAAUAAGAAAUUACUCUCAAGAACUUCAGAAAUCCGCAACAUAAUUUUAUAAAUAUAUAAAUACAUGUAUGUAUGUCAAAACACUACAAAUACACUUUCAGAAAGAAUAAAGUUUCUCAAGUCAUUUUAAAAUUACCUAAGGUUCUCCUUGAAUAACUAAUACAGUGGGCCAAAUAUUAUAAAAUAGGCAAACACGAGAAUGGUAUUAAAUAUUGAACUCCUGCCCUUUUCGACACUUACCUAGUAAAGUAUUCUUAGGCAUCAUCAUAACUUUUCCUCACCUUUAUUUGAAUAGAGGAAUAAAUGUCUUCAGUUGUCUCUCCAUUACCCCUAAGUUAUUAGUUUGUUUAGUUUAUAUAUAAAGACCAUGUUUUAAAGUACAUAAAGUGGAGGUUUAUCAUACAGGCUUUGAAACAUUGAGAAGCAGUAUUUUUAUUAACUUUUGAGACAUAUGAAAAUACAUUUUGCCUUAGAAGACUGCUUCUAAAGUAAUUUUUGUAAGUAAUGAGAUGGGAUGGUAAUCUAGUAAUUUGACUUUAUAGAAAUCCCUCAGUUUGGCCCAUACCAUUCUACAGAGUUGUGCUCAAGACAGAUACUGAAAAAAUCUAAUACCUUCCCUUUCAUUUUCAGCAUUACCAUCUAUACAGAAAUGGAACACUGUAUCUUUAUAUUCCUAAAAAUGGUACUUUUGGCAUAAUUAAGAAAUUUUUCUUUAUAUUAUCACAAUCAUGCCCUUCCAUUGAAUUAUUAAUUACAAUUAAUUACUAAAAAGCUUGGUAUAUAAAAUUAUUCUCCACAAUAUUACCAUGCAAGUUAUCUCUGAAAUUUAAAAUGUUAAAGAAAAAUAUUUCUAUAUUGAAAUAUAUAUAAUUUAUAAUGGAAAUUAUAGUAGUUUGUAGUAUUUCAUUGAAUUUUAGAGAGAUAUUUCAUAUAUAUGUACUGUAUUUUGGAUGUGUAAAGCUUCUAUUUAUGUAUUGAAAUUUUUUUUACAUUUUAUUUAUUGUACAAAGUGUAUAUAAUUACUGUUACCGUUUUUGUCAGUGUAAAGCAGUCAUUAGAAUUGAUUAUACAAAAAAUAUUUCAUUGUCAGUUUUCAUUUUUCUCACUAUUUUUAGGCUGAAUAACAGAUUUAGAAAAUGAAUCUCACAAGUAAUUCACAUCUUAGAAAUAAUUACCUUAUUAUGCUGUGAUGCUGAUGAACUUUAGCAUCAGCCUUUUAUAUUUAAGGCAAAAAUAUAUCAAGACCUAAUUAGGUAACUGAUAGAUAACAUUGAGCAGAAGGAACACCGUUUUAAAAUGGCUUCUGGAUUAUGUGAAUGCCUUGUCCCGCCUCUUAGAAGAGCACCUCUAUUUUUAAAUGGUGUAUUUGGAACAUUAAAAGUUGGAUUAGCCCCCUCAAAAUACACACUCUCAUGGGCUUUAAGAGAAUGAAAAUCUGGCCAGGUGCAGUGGCUAAUGGCUGUAAUCCCAGCACUUUUGGGAGGCUGAGGCAGUAGGCUUGCUUGAGGCCAGGAAUUCAAGACCAGCCUGGGCAACAUAAAGAGACCCUAUCUGUUAAAAAAAAAUAAAAAUCUCAGAAUAUUCUUACCAUUGUCAGAAAGGAUUCUUUUAAGGUUAUUAUUAUUUUUAAUGUGAUAACUAACACAUCAAAAUUAGUGUACUUUUUUUCCAAAUAGUAUUUUUGCAAAAGCACCUUUAAAAAUAUUUUUUAGAGGCCGGGCAUGGUGGCUUAUGUCUGUAAUUCCAGCACUUUGGGGGACCAUGGUGGACAGAUCACUUGAGGCCAGGAGUUCGAGACCAGCCUGGCCAACAUGGCGAAACCCUUUCUCUACCAAAAAUACAAAAAUUAGCUGGGUGUGGUGGCAUGCACCUAUAGUCCCAGCUACUCGGGAG